AUGAGGUUCCCCACUUUACUGUUUGCGUGGGCUACCGCGGUGCUGCUCGCCCACGUGGUGGCGGACUCCAAGUUUCUGGAGGCCAACUUCUACAAGCAGACGUGCCCGCAGGCCGAACACACCGUGCACGACGUCGUCCGCCGCGCCGUCGCCCGGAACCCCGGCCUUGCCGCUAGCCUCAUCCGCAUGCACUUCCGCGACUGCUUCGUUAGGGGUUGUGACGGCUCUUUGCUGAUCAACUCGACGCCGGGGAACACCGCGGAGAAGGACUCGGUGGCGAAUAACCCAAGCAUGCGUGGCUUCGAGGUCAUCGACGAGGCCAAGGCAGCCCUAGAGGCGAGAUGCCCGCGCACCGUCUCGUGCGCCGACGUGCUCGCCUUUGCGGCUCGCGAGGGGGUAUCCCUUGCCGGCGGCAUUUACUACCGUGUCCCAUCCGGCCGCCGCGAUGGCCGUGUGUCCAUUGCCGACGAGGUGCUCAACAACAACGUGCCGUCUCCAACUGAUGAGGUCGCGGAGCUCGUGGCCAGCUUCAAGCGCAAGGGACUCUCUGCUGACGACAUGGUCACGCUCUCAGGUGCACACACCAUCGGUCGCUCCCAUUGCUCCUCAUUCACGCAGCGCAUCCACAACUUCUCUGGCGAGGUCGGUCGGACCGACCCGUCCAUCGACAAGUCCUACGCGGCGGGGCUGAGGCGACAGUGUCCUCCAUCGGCGGACAACCCGAACGACCUCACAACGGUGCCGCUGGACCCGGUCACACCACGGGAGUUCGAUAACCAGUACUUCAAGAACGUGUUGGCACGCAAAGUGCCACUCACCUCCGAUCAGACGCUGCUCACUAGCCCCCACACUGCCGGCAUCGUCGCGUCCUACGCCGCCGCGGAGAAGGCAUGGCGGGCCAAGUUCGUCACCGCUAUGCAAAAGAUGGGCAACGUCGAGGUGCUCACCGGUCACGAGGGGGAGAUUAGGGAGAAGUGCUUUGUCGUCAACCACCACUAAUCAAUCAUUCUCAAAACCAUUCCAACGCAUAGCUAAUAUCAAUACACAUAUGCUUGUGUGUAC